AUGGAAGAAUCGCCAGCAGAGCCUUUCCCGGCUCUUAGUGGGAGUGAAGCUUAUGAGUCUGCCAUCAUAGCGGCGGCAGCUGCAACCCCACUAAACUCUUUGCCUCCAAGCCCAAAUGACCCUCAACCAUCCUCAUCGGCCGCCUCUGUGCUCACUUCAGGACCCAGUCCUGAGGGUCCUGGCGUGGAGGAUCACGCAGCGGCGGAGAGAGACAAACAUGUUCCACCUAUCAAUCGCUCGAAAUUAGCGGAUCUUAUUCGAGCGGCUAAACAGCUUCCCGACCGGCGGAGCUUUUUGGGCAAGAGACUGCCCGAUAGGCCGCUCGAGGAGUCCGGGAAGCUGCCUCAUCGACCUGCUAGUGAAGACUACUGGAAGCGUGGUGAUGAGCUGCUCCCAUGCCUAGCCAACGAGAACGGUCAGUCACUAGCCAAGCGCUCAAGUGCGAUGCGUGAUCGUGGAGGUAGCAUCAAGGAUCCAAAUUAUGGUCGUCUUUCACCUCCAGGCGAUAUUGAAAUGCGCGAUUGGAGGGAUAAACGUCAAGUUCCUGGAUCAAAUGAGCUUCAAAGCAACACAAUUGGCGGUUUCCAUCCCGAUCGCUUGGCUAUGGUGGCAGAAGGUUUGGGCCAAGAGCUGGAACCAAGUCCUCCACCACUGAUUUCCAAGUCGGCAAAAGGGGCUAACAUGGAGCCUCUUCGACGCGUUCGUGGACCAAGGGGUCAUGGGAAAUCAUCCCAGACACAUGUCCAUGAUGCUCCCAUGGCCAAAAAAGUCUGCGUCAAACGCGAAAUCAGCCUGUCAGCUCUUCAGGUUGACAAACCACGUGUCGCCACUAACAGCGUCUCCUUACCAACAACCAGAUUAUCCAUAGAGUGCCAGAAGAGAGGCUUCAACCCUUACUUUCAUGCGGCCAAGCACGAAAAUGAUACAUGGAGCUGCUCCGUCAGCGUUCUGAACAAAACAGUGACAACAGAAUCGAUUUACGCAAACAAGUGGAUUGCCAAACACGAGGCAGCCCUGAUGGGCCUCAAUUUAGUCCGAUGUCUACCACAUGGAAAAGUCAGCAGUGGUAAGGAGCCUAGAUACCACCUGCGUUCUGCAGGCAUGGACCCUUUGGCAUCCCGAGGGGCAUCGCCUGCACCACAGCAGGAACAGCUCCUAAAUCGACCAUCCACCGCCGAGCCUAGGCACAACCUGCGUUUUGCAGCAGACGCGCCUGCGCAGAAUCCCUGCUACAACAGUUCCAGCUUUCAACAGCCUAUAGUACCAACUCGAAUGUCUGAGCCUAUUGCUGGUGGUUCUCUGGGUCCCAUUGAUUUUCAGCCCUUCUCUCUUCCUGCUUCGAACCCUGUCGCACUUCUACAACUGCAACACAGAGAGCAGCGCGUCCGACAAAUCGAAAUGUGCGUCGGUGCCUCGAUACCUUGGGCCUUCAGAGAAGACGACUUGGCCGUGCAGGCUUUCGUAACAGGGCUCCACCUAGGAGAAGGGAAGAUACAUACAGCCCAAGUACAGACCAUGGUGGCUAUGUCUGGUUCUAACACUUAUCGCGAGCGGUCCCCGCUUCGUGGUAUUGGUGUGCCCAAUGCCAGGGGACGCGCAGAUACGUCGAGAUCCAGGGAGUCACCUCGUGCUCGUUCCCAGUCACCCAAAUGGGAGACGAAAGCAGAUUCUAGCGGUUCUGCGAGUAACUUUCGGGGUGACUAUUAUCCGGCAGUUGAAGUGGAUCGGUAUAGACAAAACUACUGA